AGCUAGGAGGUUGUAGGCACACUUGCAGCAUACGCUGUGUCCACAGGGAAGGAGAAGCGGCGAGGAAAACAGAUUGUUGCAGUACGGACAGGAAAGCUCCCGCUCAAGCGCCUCCAUUUUGGAAGUUGAUGUGUCAGCUGUCGGGUCAAAAGUUGCUCCAACAUGGCCGCCUUGCAAAGAAGUUUUUCGGCAGCACGGUCACAAGUUUGUGUUCUGAGGUCCUGGCAAAGUUGCAAGCAGUACAGAGGCCAAAGAUGGGUUAAACCACUCAACCUACAGCAGAGGGGGUACAGGGCAGCAGUCUGCCACAAGAUCAAGGCUCCAAUGGAAGUGGGGGAUCUUCCGUCGGUAGAGAAAAUUCCCAAAGGCAUGGUGAAAGUUGCAGUCCACAGUACUGGUAUCAACUUUGCAGACAUCCUAAUGGUGGCAGGUGCAUAUCAGGAGAGACCUGAACUGCCAUUUGUACCAGGGUUUGAAAUGGCUGGAGAAGUCAUGGCAGUUGGAGAGGGUGUGACAGCUUUUAAGGAGGGACACCGAGUGGUGGGACUCCUCCAGCCACCUGGCAGCUAUGCUGAAGAAUGCCUGGCUAAUGAAAAGAUGCUGUUCCACCUGCCUGACUCAGUGACGUACACAACAGCAGCUGCAGACUGUGUUAGUGACAGCUGCUGCAGGUGCUCUGGGUACAGCUGUAGUGGACCUGGCAGCACAUGCACUAGGUGCUGCUGUGAUAGGGGGAGCAGGUAGCCAGGAGAAGUGUGAGUUUGUGAGCAGCAGAGGUGCACAGCACACCAUCGACUAUAGUCAGGACAGCAUCAAGGACAGGGUGAAGGUCAUCACCCAGGGGAGGGGGUGUGACGUCGCCUUUGAUGGAGUCGGGGGAAAAGUGUUCGAAGACUGUCUGAAGUGCCUUGCCUGGGAGGGUCGUAUGUUGGUGGCAGGGUUCGCUGGAGGAGACAUUCCCAAAAUCCCAGCCAACCUUCUUCUGGUGAAGAACAUAAGUGCAGCCGGACUGUACUGGGGAAAAUAUGCCAUGCAGAAUAUUGGAGUGUUACGACAGACGGUAAAAGAUACCUUGACACUGAUGGAAGAAGGGAAAAUAAAGGGACCACCACAACCUACAACAUUCAAGCUGGAACAGGUUAACGAGGCCUUCAAGUUCAUCAUGGACAGAAAAUCAAUCGGCAAAGUUGUGUUGGAGAUAAGAUAGAAGUCAGAGAGAUGAUGCCACAUUUGUGACGUGUCAAUUUAAAGUGUACCAUCCAGCUGGCUACUCUCCAAGCAGAGGUUAGGCUG